GCAUGGUGAAGUGUCAUGUGCAUGAAGUGCGAAGUCACGCGGAUAGCCUAUCCAUUGAGGAAGGCCCGCAGAAAAGAAAGUGCGUUAAUUUACUUGGCGAAACCUCACAAACUUCACUUGAAGUGCGAUGGCGUCAAAUUUUAGUGGAGCCCUUCGUCUCACUGAUCUGGACGAUUUUAUUACCCCAUCUCAGGAAUGCAUCAAACCUGUCCAAGUGGAGCGUCUUCCUGGCCAAUCUGGCCAAAUACAAGUGUUAUUUUUUGGUCCAAUAUUAUCAAAGGAUGGUGAAGCCACACAGCUGAAGAAAGCUCAGAUCACUCUGAAUGAUUGCCUUGCAUGCAGUGGCUGCAUUACGUCAGCAGAGAGUGUUCUUAUAACCCAACAGAGCCAGGAAGAAUUACUGAGGGUCUUAGAAGCCAACAACAAACUUCCUGAGGGCCAUGAUCAGAAAAAACUGGUGGUGGUAUCUGUGUCACCCCAGUCGAGAGCCUCGUUGGCUGCAAGGUAUCAUCUAUCAGUACAGGAGACUGCAUGUAGACUGACUGGAUUCCUGAAAGAGUUAGGUGUGCACCAUGUAUUUGAUGAGACGUUUGCCAGGGACUUCAGUCUUCUUCAAAGCCAGAAGGAAUUUGUCGACAGAUUUAGAAGACGAGAAGAGAAAGGAAGUCUACCAAUGCUUGCCUCUGCCUGCCCAGGUUGGGUUUGCUACGCUGAGAAGACCCACGGCUCUUACAUCCUACCUUACAUCAGCACUACAAAAUCCCCUCAACAAGUGAUGGGAUCCCUGGUCAAAGAUUACUACUCCAAGCAGGGCGGUUGCAGGCCAGAUCAGAUCUACCAUGCCACUGUCAUGCCUUGUUUUGAUAAGAAACUUGAGGCAUCGCGGGAAGACUUCUACAACGACAUCUACAGGACUCGAGAUGUUGAUUGUGUUAUAACAUCAGGAGAGGUUGAGGCAAUGCUAGAUAAGGAAGACCUAUCCCUAGCUGACAUACAACCCCAGGACAUUGAUCCAAUGUUCCCAGUGUCAAGGGACGGACAGCUGGUGAAUCAUGUAGGAGGUGGUUCUGGGGGUUACUUGGAACACAUUUUCCGAUAUGCAGCUCAGGAGUUGUUUGGAAUUAACAUAGAACACAUCGAGUACAAGACUCUCAAGAACAAAGACUUCAAGGAGGCCAUCUUGGAAGUUGAUGGUGAGGUGAAGCUCAAGUUUGCUUUGGCAUAUGGCUUUCGGAACAUCCAGAACCUGGUGCAGAAGGUCAAGCGAGGGCGCUCUCCAUAUCACUUUGUGGAGGUCAUGGCUUGCCCAGCUGGCUGCUUGAAUGGAGGUGGACAAAUCAGACCUCAGGAUGGAGAACAAGCCAAGGAAUUAUUAAUCCGAGUGGAGGCUCUCUACAACUCCCUCAACACUAGGAAACCAGAGGAGAACCCAUUGAGUGACGAGCUGGUCUCUGAUUGGCUUGGAGGACCAGAGAGUGAGAAAGCCAUAGCUAUGCUGAAGACACAGUACCAUGCUGUAGAGAAGAUGAAUAAUGCGCUGACUAUUAAAUGGUAGUGAUCCAUCCAUGGACUAAAAUCGACUUGCAGAGAAGACUACUGUAGCUAAGCAUCCUCAAAGUACUUUGCCACCAUUGUUUGGCUCUACAUAAACUACCUGGACUUUAUAGCCCAAUCAGAUGGCCAGAAUUUGAAGCCAUUUCUGCAGUGGUAUCAAUCUGCAUGCGCAAGUCACAUGGAAGUUAAAUACCUCUUUUGACCUGUUACCAAAAUACACAGGUGCCUCAAGUUUUCCACUUGCAAAUUAAUGGUUUAAUUUUUGGCUAAAAAUUUCAACUUUGGAACAAGGGCAAGAUGUACCAACUAUUGAUGUACUGCUCGACACCGAAAAUACCGAUAUGCAAGAUUCUUUUGAACAGUAUUUGUACAAGAUCUCUUCGUGGAUCAUUAUUGUUGUCAGCACUCUGAGGUGAGCUUACAGAGUGAUAUUUGCUACCACAAAAAGCCUAACACAGCGGCCAAGUUGAAGCUCUACACAGUCUGCCUCCACAGACCUCUCUGACUUUAUGUGUCUGAACAAAAACAAAACGCAGAUGAGCACAUGUAAACACUAGCUUGAUGCUUUGACCCAUCUGCCAGGCCUGUGUACAGGUCUACCGAUCACCAGAUUAUAUUUACAUCCUUACUCUCCAGUGUGAAGUGGUCAACGAACGUGCGUAGGACUCUCAUACCAUUGCAGUAACGGUGUCUCCUCAUAGAAAUCUAAUCAUGUAAAAGUGACAUAAUUUACGCUUUCCAUAUAUGUACAUUUUAUGGCCCAUUUUGUUUGUGUACAGAGGCUGAGAGACAUAAAAAUAUGGUUUUUUUUCAUCCAUUGUUAUGUUAUGAUGACUGUGAUAAGUGAACAGGAAUUCAACCAAUAUUAAGACGACUUUGUUGAUCUAAGUAUUUUUCAGUAUUGCCUUUCAACUCUUUUCAAAUUUUGAAUACGCACAUUUGGUUCGUAUCCCAUAUGGUGGUGCUGCAGAAAUUUUAGUGUUUAUCAGAUAUAAGCUUGCACACCGGGCUUUCCAGACAAGGAGUUACUUCUCCAACUCCUUUUGAACACGCUCGACUUGGAUCUCCCUAGUUUAUUAGAGUUAGCCUUGCUUAAGUACACUUACUGAAGUUCUUACUUAACAAUGAUCAUUUUUUUAUUUUAUGGGUGAAGGUGGUUCUUUCAUCUAUAAAGACCAUGAGACUGAUCUUAUUACAAUGGUGGCAGGAAAUGACUCUGCUCAUUCCAAGGUUUAUUUUAAUGGUGUAAGUUGCCAUGGUAAUAUUUUUCAAUGUAUAAUUUUGCAAGUAUUUAUUGUGUAAUAUUCCGGUCUGAUGGAAUUGGCUAUCACAGAAAUGUUUUUGUGAAAUAAAUUAAUCAUUUUUUACAUGAA